AUGCAAUUUCAGCGGAUGACCUCAUCAACUUCACCCGCGGCCGACAGUCGAGGCAUUGAAGCAAGGCCUAAGGGAGCCCAAAUUGCAGACGGAGACAAGCCAUUGACUUGCAUGUUCUUCUUCUUUGCCAGCCAAAUGAAACACAACCUCCAAGCAGCCGAUCCAGACCUGGUACGCCGGGGCCGAAUGCUGGAUCGCCCGACACACAAGCUAAACUCGAUGAUUGACCGGAUAGGCAUGCACGCCUCAUACUCGCCACUUAUCGCAAAAUUCGAGACUUAUCCUGUGGAGAUUCCAGAGCCCAGAGCCGGGCCCCGUCCCAAACAAAGGCUCUCUCGUGAGGAGGCACACGACACGAUCAUGAUGAUCAAAUUUCGUGAUAAGAGGGCUCGAGAGGACUGGAUUGCCACUAAAGAGUGGCAAGAGUUUGUGCAAAGUACCGACUCUGAGAGGGUCUUCCGGCGCAUGCCGCAUGUGCGGUGUGCUAGUAGUCUGCGAGGGUUGAUGGAUCCGGUCGAUAGUUUACUAGCCUGA